ACAGAGAAACCCAGAGGAGCAGAGGUACCGGUAGGGAUAGGGGCACCGGAAGGAGCUGAUCUACCGAGAGGAGCAGGGGCACCGGAAGGGACAGAGGUACCGAGAGGAUCAGGGGCACCGGAAGGGACAGGGGUACCGAGAAGAUCAGGGGCACCGGAAGGGACAGGAGUACCGAGAGGAGCAGGGGCACAGGAAGAGACAGGGGCACCGGAUGGGUCAGAG